GCAAGCAACCAACCUCGAAAUCCAACAUCGCCGGUAGAGGGCAAUCUUGUCGAUUGUGCUUCGGAUGGCGGGUAAGGAGGAGGAGCUUUCGAUGGAGGCGGCGGGGAAGUGGAUGCUGAGGCCGUGCACCGCCCCCAAAUCCAAAUCUAUGGAGGCCGGCGACCAUGGUCCGGCGACGCGGUUCCCCUCCAAGAGGAAGGCAGCCGCCGGAUCCAGCUACAAGGAGGGUGAUCAGCUGCCUGAGGGUUGGAUCGAUCUUCCUUCCGCGGCUGGACAAGAUGACCCAGAGGCGUACAAUCUGUUCAAGUUCGAGAGGAGGGAGGCAGCGAUUGACAAGAUGCUGGGGGAGGCGAAGCUGUCGGCCGUCGUCCUCGCCAAGAAGAGUACCAUGGCCCCUACGGCGGCAGCAGCAGCAGAAGCAGCAUCAGCAUCAGGUGGCAACAAGGGCAAGUUUAAGGUGCCGGCGGAUGAUGUCAAGCUCAUCCUGGCACUGAAGAGGAAUGACCUUCCCAGCAUCGACUACCUGGAUGAUCUGGCCGACCUGUACACUCCGGAGGAGAUUGCAGAGAGGAGGCUGCGCCACCAGAGCGAUCUGGAGCUCUUCAAGAGGAUUGACGACGAUUUUGAGGAGUACCAGAAAAAGGUCCGCGAUUCGGUCGACAAAUAUGGCUACUUUGAGGUCGACUAUGACUACGUUGAAGCGAGGAAAAAGAUCAAUGCAUGGACCAAGGCACAGUGGGCCAAGAUCAUUGAAGAUGUCAGUAUCACUGUUUGUGCCCCUGAUGCUGAUCAAGCCACGCUGGGUUACAUCGAGUAUGUCGACUCAGAUGAUGAUGCUGAGUAUGAUGAUGAUUCUGAGUACGAUGAUGAUUCCGAGUCUGAAGACGAAGACUGAUUUUCUCAGCGUUGGAGCGAGAGCUGAGAAUGCCAAGUGGAAGAUGGUCCAUUUUCUAUCUAAUCUAACUAUCUAGCAGUGCCUGUUAUGGCCUAGUACUGGUGGUUAUCUAUCUGUGUUGUAGGCCCAUCUUUAUUAUGUCUGUAUCUAUCUAUGUUAUCGGUAUGCUCGCCCUGUUGAACACCAAGGUGCAAAUAUGUUUUGCUGUCGCAAUAUUGUCGUCGCUGUUCU